AUGCCUGCCAAUGUAGAGACCUUCGAAAAGCUACUCGAUCAGCCGCCGAGAAAGGGUGUUGGUGUUUGCAUUCUUUGUGCGACCAACUUCUCCCCUACAGCGACUUAUGAUCAGUGUCUGCAUUGGCUGCCUGGUUGGCUUGUGGCUGAUUUGGGGCAAGAUGUAGCCGCUGAGAUGCGAGAGUUCCACAAGCUGGACGCACAGUGCAGAAUGGAGAAGAGCAUCGCGCAGCUCCAGAAACAGCUCGAUGACAAGAGCCUAGGCAAGGCUGCGAGGGCAACGCUGGAGUACGACUUGCAGGAGAAGCAAAAGGCCCAGGUGAAUUUCGAUGUGAUGGUUGCUGCCUUGUGGGAAGCAGGGGUGGUUUGUGUCGAUGUGCCUGCAGAUGGCAACUGCGGCGUUUGGGCCUUGCACGCGAUCGUUUCUGAAUUGCCGCAAGGUACAUGUCUCUCUCCAGAAUUCUCUAUGGACACAGCUACAUCGAUCCGGUGUGAGCUCAAGCAAUACUGGAAGUCUGCUGCGCACACCAACCUGUGGCAACAAGUGUGGGGCCACUUCUGCCAGGGCAUUGAGAAUCUAGACGCCCGGCGGGUAUCAGAAGUGGCCACCCCGCAGCGUCGAAAGCAGGAAGACAAUCUUCCGUUCACUCCCGAUAAGAUUGGCCUAAAAGGUUGCAGGCUGGUCUAUGGCGGUGAUACUCCCCGUGAAACCGUGGACAUCGUGCGCCAGGCAGAGGACCACCAGGCUGCUAGAAAGCGGAAGCGCACUGGCAAAGCUUUGCCCAUCAGCAGCAGAAUCACAGCUGAGAAGUACGUCGAGAGGUGGCUGGCUGAGAUGAACAUCACCUACAGGAGCUGGACUUGUGAGCAUCGAAGGGAAUGCGUUCAUGUGCGAGGUCGACACUUGUGCCCCUAUGGCUUCUGGAACUCAUUCAUGCUGAGUGUUGUGAAAGCAGAGUGGCCAGACAAGUGCUCAGUUUGCCAGAAGAUGUUUGAGUCCAACGAGAUCGAUAGCGCUGUUCUUGUCGCCUCCAUCCGCAAGUUGCAAGAGCAGGUGGUGCAGGACAUUGAAUCUGGCGCCAAGCCAACAAGUGCUGCUUUGAAGCGCUUGAAAGAUGCGCGGGACACACCAGACAAACCGAGUGGACAGGCUGAAGGGACCCAGGAGGGAGCCUCAAAGGUGAAGGAAGAGCGUCCUUGUGUGAAGCAGGAGCGUGUGAAGCAGGAACCUGUUUCGGAUCCCGAGAAUGUAGCCGAGACUGUAGCCCAGAAUGUAGCUGAGGAACUGAUGUCCAAAGAGGAGCUCAUGAAGCUCCACAACCUGUUCAAGAAACCAACACAGGAUGACAAACACGCAGUCUACUGUGAGCAUUGCCGCAAAAGUGUUCAAGGGCGAAACCGCGCCAAGAUCUGGCAACACUGCCGCGGCCAGGAACACAGGGCAAAAUGGAAGGGCAAGUCUCUCGUGAAGACUGAGGUGGAGGAGAUGGACGCCUUAACACACAGCCUUUCCAUUGGACAGUGUCCAGGUCUCAAACUGUCUGAACCUUGGGGGCAAAAGACGCGUCUUGGUACAGACCUGCUUCCUGUCUGGAAAGAAUAUACAACCUUUGCUGACUUGCAAGCCUCUCAUCCCUUUGCAGGCUCUUGCCAUGAGUUUGAAUACCACUGCACUUCCGAUGACUGGACCUUGAGACACUGCAGGUGCCAGCGUGAGAAUGCUAAGGUGAGAGUUGAUGAGGAAGGAAAUAGAACCUGCUCAUUAUGCUUGGCAUUGGGAUCUGAGAAGAGGUUUCUGAGCAAAAUAGCAUCGUUUGUUGCAGAUCUCGACCAGGCUCGGCUACUCUUUGCCAGGAUGUUUGCUGCAGAAACUGUAGAGAGUGUGGUGGAGCAAUUCCAGUCCAAGGCCAACUACAUGUUCCGCUGCCAAACGACGUACGACAGGUUCAUUGCUCUCCCUGUGGAUGAGCUGUGGCAAAAGGUCCGGGCAAUUUGGUGUGGGAGAGCUGCUCACAAAAUGACUGAGGCUUGCAAGAUGUUCCAUUUGCAUACAGUACGACCAUGCCUGGAUUGUGAGCCUGGGCACUGCUUGAAGGAGAAGUACUUGCAGCAGCUUGUCAACUACAUGCAGAACGAUCCCAACUCAUCGGAGAAGGAUUUGGAAUUGGUCAAGCAAGUUGUGACUGGCAAGCUGUCCCGACAUCCUGCACUUCACGGAGUCAUGGUUGCCUGUGCAUUGAAGGUCGACCACCUUGAGCGGGGGAUCACGACCAUGCGCAACAGACAUAGAGAUGACAUGGAAAAGCAGCUACUUCUUGAAGCAGGGGCUGAGCUGGCGGCUGCAGGAAGCAAUUCUAGCUCAUUGGCCUUUUUUGGGUUGAAGUGGAUUCAGCGGAGGCAAUUUGCUAGCGGAUUGGCUGCGGUCCCUUCUUGGAAUUUGCCAGACUUUAUGAGCCCAAAUGAAGAGACGCUGGAUGUGAAUGACCAUCUCAUUUCCACAGCUUCUUCGGUGAGGUAUAUCGUUUGCGAUGGCCAUGGCUCGCAUGAGUGGCUCCAUAGGUUCUUGCUGGGGCAGGAAGUGGCCAUCUCCGAGGAAUUGCUGCAGCUCCUCCCGUUUUGGAGAGAAUUGGAGAAGGUCGACUUGCCGCCGACUAGCUUCCCCAUUGGCUACCGCCUGGUCAAGUACGAAGGAGUGAGCUUGCACUACUUCGGAGGUGUUGCGCACAUCCAAAAGAACUUUGUCGAGCAGUUGCGAUCUUCUCUGCGAACUCCCACAUUCGGAAAGAAGAUGCAUGAUGCCUCUGCUGCUUUGGAUUUGGGACUGUUUCCUCAAUCGUACAUCGGUAGUGACGCAAUGUCUGAUUUCCAAGCAGCUUUAUGGUUGAGCCCGAUGAACUAUGUGCUGGAUCCGGUCGCCACUCCAGUGCAGAUCCCCUGGUGUUUAGAAGGGGCAUUCGUGUUCAACCUCCUGGGAGCUCAUGUCGUCGGCAGCGUGCUGCAUUCCAGUGCGUGCCGGAAAUGGCGGUUGGAAAUGGCCAUGACUGGUCUAUGCCUUCUCGACUUGGGAUACCUCAUGGCAUCUCAAAGGGCUAAGGAUUUGGGUGUCAAGAAGCAGCAGGUGUGGCUUGAUGCCAGAACGCACCGUAGCCUCAGAGACCUAUGUGGGUCAGUGAUCUUAGUUUGCUGGGGUGCCGAUGGCCACUUGUGCUUUCCACAGUUGAGCGAACGAAAGCUGGAAAAACGCUUCGGCCGAGUGCGAAGCUGCUUCAGCAAUAGUCAAAUGACAGUUCCAGACUAUUGGCGCGCCAGCGCCCAAGUGGCACGCAAAGAGCUACAUUCAUGGAAGCAAGGACGACUUCCAGACCAAAAGCCCUUGCCAGAGGCGCUCUCUUGUGAAGAGUUUUCAGCAAUUUCAUCACGCUCAUUUGCUGCAGCAUUGAGGUUCUCAUCCAUUUGCAGCGGAAUCUCUGAGGCCAACCUCAGGAGCAUGUACAAUAUGGCCAUGGCCUCUCAGUCUUUUGAGCCGGAAAUCGUGAAAGAAGAAGGUGAUGAGGCGGAGGAGCAGGAGCCUGCGCCUGAGGGAGAGGACGCCUCGGCGCUUUUCCAACGAAUCCGUCGGAGCCAAGCCUUCGUACAGAAGGAUUCGCCAGAAGACUUGUCAGAAGAGCUUCCAGCAGACAUGGAAAUGCCAGAGCUUCCAGAGAUCGAUGACACCGAGUGCAGCGUUGUCGAAGCCACAGCAAAAGGAAAGCCUGCAGACCCAAAGGUUGUUGAAGCCACCAGGGAGGUCAUCGAGCAGGGAGCGAAAGAGGAUUGGAAAGCGGACCUGAUGUCCAAAAUCCAGCCUCGCUCAGGAAGGCUGACCUUGUCAUCCGCACUGCGUGGGCAUGAGACAUUUGAGAGUGCCUUUGACGACCUGUGGCGUUUGCUGUGCUAUCUUCGUCUUGGUCCAGAAGGUGCGGACGCAGACAUUAUCCCAAACCACUUUCUCACCCGGGACAAGAUCAAAAAGAAUAUCCGCAAGUGGCAGAACCUUCUUCAGCACCAGAUUGCUUGCGCAGAUGCUGUUGACAGGUUACCAGCUAUGCGAGUAUCGCGCCAGCAAGCUUGGAUUGAAUCCUGUGAGAAGUUCCGAAAUGAGCACAGUCCAUCUUUGCCGCCGUCCAUUUCGAUUCACACUGGAAAUGUGGUGGCGAUCCAGCGACAGAAUGGGUGGCAUGUGGCCUUGGUCCUGAGCACUUGGAGAGUGUAUAAGAAGGGCAAUGGAUCCCAGCUUUGCCCCAAGGAGCUAUCCAAAGGUUCUCUUCACUCAGCUCGUGUCGCUAUCAUGCGCAAA